CAUGAUAUUGUAACAAUGCAGGCUUGGAUUACUCUUCAUCGUGGGAAUGGCUUAAUUGGUGCUCUUCCACAUGCUCCUUACUUUCCACUCGAAAAAGAAGAGAAUUUCUGGUUACUUGUUGCAGACUCCUUGUCAAAUGACGUUUGGAUCUCUCAGAACGUAAAUUUCGUAGACGAAGCAACGACAAUAAUUGCUGCAUCAAAAGCAAUCCAGGAGUUGAAGGAGGGGUCGGGUGCUGGUGCGAGGGAAAUGAAUGCAGCAGUAAAAGAAGCAAUUGAUAGAGUUAAAGCUGGUUCUCGGCUAGUGAUGUCCAAGUUUCAGGCUCCCGCAGAGGGAAACCACAACGUGACUUCUUACUGCUUAUGCGAUUCAUGGAUUGGUUGUGAUGCAAAGUCUACUAUUAAGUUGAAGGUUUUGAAAGGCAGCCGAGCUGGGGACGGGGGUAUGGUGGCCGCAGAAGAGUUACCGGCACUAGAGGAUGAAGGCGAUGAGGUGGAGGAAGAAGAUGAAUAUGAUGAUGAUUACGAGAGUGAGUACAGUGAAGACGAUGAAGAUGUUAAAGGAAAAGAUGCCAAUGGAUCUGUGGCAAAUGGCUUUGCCCAUGUUAGAGGCGGCGACAAUUCAAGCUCUGAUGGUUCAGGAAGUGAGAAUAAUUAGAAAAUGAUUUCCUUCACUUUUGUCUUGUUUUGUUAUUACGUUAAAUAUUUUAAUUUUCCGAGAGAAAUAAAGGGGAUGAAAGGAAUUUUUGCCAUAGUUCUGU